GGACGACUUAUUGUAGCACCAUUGGUCCCAUCUUGGUUUGAGAGUGAAGAGAGAGCAAAGCAAAACGUCCAUAUUACCGCUGCUUUGUCAGCACUUUUAACGGUGAUGGACCCUCCUGGUGGGGGAGAUGAACGACGGAGACAGGCAGAGCGUCUUCGACGGGAGGAGGCGUACUAUCACUUCAUUAAUGAACUGAGUGAAGAGGAGUAUCGCCUAAUGAGAGACGGCAACCUCCUUGGCACCCCUGGGGAGGUGACUGCUGAGGAGCUCAGACAGCGCCUUGAUGGUGCAAAGGAGCGUAUGUCGUCUCAGCCCCGGACUGAGCAGCGACCUCAGACUGCUGAUUCUGGUGAACAGCAGGGCAGCAGUGCUGAGGGAGAGGAUAGAGGGGCUGGAGCUAGACGAGUGGCAGGGGGCACAGAGCCUGGAGCAGAAACUUCAAAUGGGGAUUCAUUACUUGAGUGGCUGAACACUUUCAGACGUACAGGUAAUGCAACUCGCAGUGGGCAAAGCGGCAACCAGACAUGGCGGGCCGUCAGCCGGACCAACCCUAAUAGUGGAGAAUUCCGCUUUAGCCUGGAAAUCAACAUCAACCACGAUCAGCCGGAGCCAGGCGAGCAUAAUGAAACAGGCGACACUACAGAGAUGCCAGUGCCUGCGUCAAACACAGCUACAUCCUCAAUACGCACCGCUUCCUCUUUCUCCACCACUCGUCCCUCAGCUACACCAAGACCAGCCCCAUACCCUACCCCACGCCCAGCCCUCAGCAGGAGGAUGCAGACACGUCGCACACGCAGCAGCACUACCACUCUUUCUAUGAACCCCCCUGCCCUUCCUGCACUAGUUGCCGUCCCUACUGCUCCUCAGAGGAGAGGUGGUACUUUGCACUCUUUAGCAACCCCUCUCACUAAUUCCAACCCUCCUCUUGACCAAACAACAGCUUUGCAGCAUCAAGCCCAGAAUGCUGAUGUAGAGGAGGGUCGUGAUGAUGUAUCUGCCUCUAUAGACUGCCCUCGUGUGUCACCCCAGUCCGGAUCUCAGGCCCCAGCAGUGGGUCACGAGUCACGGGGUAGUAGGACUAGAUCACGUGGACGUGCACGCAGGGCGGCAGGGGGAGGUGGGGUUUCAUCCCGCCUUUCAAGGCGGAGCCGUUCACCAUUGCAAAGAACACCCCAUGCCAGUACCGCUCCACCAUCAAGCAGUGUCAGUGGCUCUAGUAUCAACACUGUUGAGCCAAGCAGUGGCACAAGCUCUGUUUCCAUGGAAACAGGGGAGACUGUGGCAGAACCUGCAGCUCUAACGGAGCCAGUCGUAGAGACAAUAGAACGUGAGAGUGAGUCGCAUGUUAUAGGAGCAGGAAGUUCAGGGGUGCGACGGCACCCAACCAUCAUGCUGGACCUGCAGGUGAGAAGGAUUCGACCAGGUGAAAACCGUGAUCGUGACAGCAUUGCUAGCAGAACCCGUUCGCGUGCUCGCGUUGCUGAGAACACUGUCACAUUUGAAAGUGACAGUGGUGGAUUUAGACGGACCAUUUCCCGCUCUGAGCGAGCUGGUAUCCGCACCUAUGUGAGCACUAUCCGUAUUCCGCUGAGACGCAUAAGUGAGACAGGCCUGGGAGAGCCAAACUCCACUGCACUGCGUUCCAUCUUGCGCCAGAUCAUGACUGGAUUUGGGGAGUUGAGCUCCCUAAUGGAGACUGAAGCUGAUUCUGAAACUGUUGCACCAAGCCACACGGAUGCCAGUGGAAUUAAUGGUAACACCAACCCAGCCAGUCGUCUACAUACAAAUGAGAGCACAGCUGGCCAGGUUGGUCCUGGUGGGGUUGAUCAGGAGAGGGUAGGGCUAGUGGGAAAUGAAGAGGACCACAGUGGCCAGGCCAGGCUUGGAGGAGGGGUAGUGAGCACCACUGAGGGUCGGACCGCCAGCAGAGACACCAACAACCUGGUAGAAAAUGGGACUCUGCCCAUCCUGCGGCUAGCACAUUUCUUCCUGCUCAAUGAUGAGGAGGAUGAUGAACACCCAAGGGGCCUGACCAAAGAGCAGAUUGACAAUCUAUCCACUCGUACCUAUGGUCAGGCCAGCCUAGAGGGGGAGCUGGGCCGUGCGUGCAGUGUCUGUAUCAACGAGUAUGCUCAAGGCAACAAGCUGCGCCGUCUGCCCUGCUCUCAUGAAUUCCACAUCCACUGCAUUGAUCGCUGGCUCUCUGAAAACAACACUUGUCCCAUCUGCAGGCAGCCCAUUCUGGCUGUGCAUCAUGACUGACCUAUUUGCUUAAAAAUACAACUAUCAUGUUCCUGGCUGGCUAAACUGAGCAGUCCCAAGUGGGAUUUGCAUGUACAUAGUGCUUUCAUGGUUUAAUUUCUUUGAAAGUAUCCAUAGUGUUGAAGUUGAAGAAGGUGGAACCAAAAGUGCGGAAAAAAAGAAACUAUAAAUGCAGAGAAUUAACCAAACUUUAUUUUUUUAGACUCUUUGUUUUCAGCAAGUUAAUGUUUUAUUUCUUCCCAAAUUCUAUUCCACUGGUCUCUGUCACAAAGCUUCAGUGGCAUCUGGCAAUGGAUGGCAUUGAUGUUGAAGGAGCUCCGGUAGCUGCUGCUGACUCGUCUCACAUUAAUGCUUAGAUGUCCAUAAAUGUGACAUAUUUUUGUUACACUUGGACUACAUAAAUCCCUUCUAGACUAGAUUUAUUAUGCCUAAGCUGUAAAUAACUCACCACUGCUUGGAACUAAGGGUUUGGAAGAAAGAAGUUCCUUUAAUGGAAUCUGAAGAAUGGAAGCAGGAGACUUUGUUUUUUAGUCAUAAUUUUUAAAGCUUCAGUAUACAUUUUAAAGUGUCCCUUUAAAGUUGGUUGAGAAAUGUUUGAUUUAUUGAGAUGUCUGUGAGCUACCUGUUAAUUUUCAAAUGAGUUUUAUUCUGUAUCUUUAUUAUUGUUUGUUUAUUGAGCCCUCAUCUUACACUUGACUAAUUUUAUUGCAAUACAAAAUUUUUCCAUGAAAAUUCUCAACUGAAACCAGACACUUUAGAUCAAUUCCCAUAUGAGCAGCACAAUUGAAAGAAAAUGCUGAAAGCAUUGGAUAAUCAGGAAUUCAGAGUUGUAAUUUAGUAAGAGUUGUGCAAUACAGAGAGAAAAGACAGUAUUGUUUGUUUUACUGUUUAUUGUUGUUUACAUUGUAAUGCCUGAUUGUCAUCUCCACUAAAAAAACAAAGCUUUGUCAACCCUGAAAUCAAUGUUUCCUCUUGGUUCCUGAUGCUUUUUUUAAAUCCAUACCUACCAGAUACUCUGGGAUCUGUGUCACCGAGUAAUAUUUGUGAAAAUAGCCAAGCAAAUACCAGGAACUUAAGGUUACAUUUUUUUAGAGUUUAUGCAAUUUCCAGCUAAGUCUGCGGAAAAAACGCUGAUGUUUGAGCAUCUAUUGCAGUUAGUUUCCUUAAAUAAGAAUCUUUUAACAAUACAUUUCUUUCUUAAUCAAGCGGUUAGUGCAAUGGCUGCUGCCUGUUUCAGUUCCAGUACCAGUCCUGAAUGAGGCAGUGUUAGUAACAUGUAUUCUUGUAUGCUCUUUUGGGUUGUUUUUACAUAACUUGCACAGAUAUUGGCAUUCAUAGUGUAGCAUAGAUUGAUUAUUUAGCUCAAACACUAUCAGUGUGUUGCUGCCAGGGUAACUAUGUGCAUCGACAACAGUAAAAAAAUAAAAACAAUAAAUGGAGCUACAACAUUUCUGCAGGUCAAAUGUCACUUGUACUACUGCAGUAAUAAUGCAGUAUAAUACAUCAGAAAGUGUGAGAGUGGGAUAAAUGUUCUUUUUUAGGGGCUGGGUGGGGGUGUAAUUGUGUGUGCAUGUGAGUUUGUAAGAGUGCUUUAGGAAAGGCUCAGUGUCCCAAAACCUGGUUUUCAGAAAGCUUGUGUCCACCUCUGGGACCUGAUGAGGGUUGUGGCCACAGUUCAGAAGUGAAUAUUUAUUCUGUUCAUAUUUGAAAAAGAUGGAAAUCAACUUUUGAAAUAUGAAUAUGUAUGAUGUUAUAAUAUGAUAAGAGUAAAAACAGUUAAGCUAAAUAUGUUACUAUGUAAUAAAAUGAAGAUAUUGGUUUUCUCCACUGCUCCUUAACAAUGGAAUAAAAUGCAGCUUUGUUAUG